UCAUCAUCUAUCCCCCCUCGUUCGCAAAGGAUGAGCUCUCAAGAACACAAGCUCGAAGUUGGGACUUACGUCGGAAACGCCUUAAUGUCGAUUCUAUAUGGUGCAGAUAUUUGCAUGUACCUGACUGCGGUUUAUUUUCUUCUCCAGCGGAAAAGGCUCUCGCCAUUCUGGAUCAACUUCUACAUUAUCUACGGAGGACUCCAGCUUCUUUUCUUCACCGUCUACGUUGCUGUUAACCAGUACUUUGGGCAACUCAUGUGGAUUGAACACGCCAACACCUCUGGAGGACCUGCCGAGUUUUUCACCGAAAACUUCAACUCAUGGCUGUACGUCCUCGGGUCAGCGGUUGCUGUUGCAGCAAACGCGCUCGGUGACGGUCUUAUGAUAUACCGCUGCUAUAUCAUCUGGCGGAGUGACACCCGCGUUAUUCUUUUCCUUCUUGCGCUAUGUGCUUGUAUGAUUGUUACAUCAAUAGGGACCACUGUUACCAGUGCAAUUCCAACGAGCGACUUUUGGAAGGGACCCGCGUACAUUUGGACGAUUACCUGGAUGCUCUCAACAGGAUUAGUGAACGUCAGCGUCACAGGCAUGAUCUGCUACAAGUGUAUCCGCACACACCGGGAGUUUAUAGGUAUCAGAGCGCUUACUAGUGCAAUGAAGAACUACACAGGGCUUGUUGCAGUCAUGGUGGAGGCCACAGUUCCCUACACGGUUAUGUCGGUAGCAUAUGCGUUUUCUGUAGCUUGGCAGAAUGGAUUUACGGCUGCUAUGUCGGACGUUUGGGUGUCCGUAUGCAUUGUUUGCCAGCACCUAAUCAUCUUACGUAUAUCCAUGGGAUUAGCCUGGAACGAACACACGAUGGAACACAUCGUUAACACUUGCGUAGCCGGUGCUUCACUGGGAGGACCUGACCUUGAGCUUGGUUGCAGAAGCAAAACUGCGGCCACAAAUCUAGACAAGGGAGUUACCGUGGCAGCCUAA